GCUGCAGCGGUAAAAUAAAUCAACAUGGCAGAUGUGGACACCAGUGCCACGUCUGAAGCUGGAGCUGAGGACGUCUCCCUUUUCAGCGUGACAGACAUGUUUCUCUUUUCACUUAUUGUGGGCCUCCUGACCUACUGGUUCUUCUUCAGAAAGAAAAAGGAAGAGAUCCCAGAGUUCACCAAAAUUCAGGCUCCGGAACACUCUCCUGUCAAAGAGAGCAGCUUUGUGGAGAAGAUGAAGAAGACGGGCAGGAACAUCGUUGUGUUUUAUGGCUCCCAGACGGGCACUGCUGAAGAAUUUGCUAACUGCCUCGCCAAAGAUGCUCACUGCUAUGGAAUGCGGGGCAUGGCCGCUGACCCCGAAGAGUAUGAUUUGGCGGAUUUGAGCAGCCUUCCGGAAAUAGAUAAUGCCCUGGCAGUGUUCUGCAUGGCCACCUAUGGGGAGGGGGACCCCACAGACAAUGCCCAGGACUUCUAUGACUGGCUACAAGAGACAGAUGUUGAUCUCUCCGGUGUCAAAUUUGCGGUGUUUGCUCUAGGGAACAAGACCUACGAACACUUCAAUGCGAUGGGGAAAUACGUGGACAGCCGGCUGGAGCAGCUGGGUGCUCAGCGGAUAUUUGAAGUGGGGUUAGGGGAUGAUGAUGGGAACCUGGAGGAAGAUUUUAUCACCUGGAGAGAGCAGUUCUGGCCAGCUGUUUGUGAACAUUUUGGAGUCGAAGCUACUGGUGAGGAGUGCAGUAUUCGCCAGUAUGAGCUAGUGGUGCACACGGACGAGAACAUGAACAAAGUGUACACUGGGGAAAUGGGCCGGCUGAAGAGCCACGAGAACCAGAAACCGCCUUUUGAUGCCAAGAAUCCAUUCCUGGCUACCGUGACCACGAAUCGGAAGUUGAACCAGGGAGGGGAGCGCCACCUCAUGCACCUGGAGUUAGACAUCUCAAACUCCAAAAUCAGGUACGAGUCUGGGGACCAUGUUGCUGUGUACCCAGCCAAUGAUGCUUCACUUGUUAAUCAGCUUGGAGAGAUCCUGGGUGCCGACCUGGAUGUGGUCAUGUCUCUGAACAACCUGGAUGAGGAGUCCAACAAGAAGCACCCAUUCCCCUGCCCCACCACUUACGGCACAGCACUCACCUACCACCUGGACAUCACCAAUCCCCCCCGGACCAACGUUCUCUACGAGCUGGCGCAGUACGCGGGGGAGCCAGCCGAACAGGAGCAGCUCCGCAAGAUGGCGUCCUCGUCGGGCGAGGGCAAGGAGCUGUACCUGAGCUGGGUGGUGGAAGCCAGGAGGAACAUCCUGGCCAUCCUUCAGGACUCCCCCUCACUGCGGCCCCCCAUCGACCACCUGUGUGAGCUGCUGCCCCGCCUGCAGGCCCGCUACUACUCCAUCGCCUCCUCCUCCAAGGUUCACCCCAACUCCGUUCACAUCUGUGCUGUGGUUGUGGAGUACGAGACCAAGUCUGGCCGGAUCAAUAAGGGUGUGGCCACUAACUGGCUCAAGGCCAAGGAGCCUGCCGUGGAGAAUGGGCACAAGGCCACAGUGCCCAUGUUUGUGCGAAAGUCACAGUUCCGCCUGCCCUUCAAGCCCACCACGCCUGUCAUCAUGAUUGGGCCGGGCACCGGCAUCGCCCCCUUUGUAGGCUUCAUCCAAGAGCGGGCUUGGCUGAAAGAACAGGGUAAGGAAGUCGGCGAGACCGUUCUGUACUACGGCUGCCGGCGUUCGGAUGAGGAUUACUUGUACCGGGAAGAGCUAGCCCAGUUCCAGAAGGAUGGCGUCCUCUCCCAGCUUAACGUGGCCUUCUCCCGGGAGCAGGACCACAAGGUUUACGUGCAGCACCUAAUGAAACAGAACAAGGAGUAUCUUUGGCGACUGAUCCAGGAGGGCAACGCGCAUGUCUGUGUGUGCAGGGAUGCCCGGAACAUGGCUCGUGACGUACAGAAUGUGUUCUGCGAGAUCGUGUCCGAGUUCGGGGGCAUGAACCAGUCACAGGCUGUGGACUUCAUCAAGAAACUUAUGGCUAAGGGGCGCUAUUCUCUGGAUGUCUGGAGCUAGGAUCCGCCCGCCCCU